CAUCAGCCCGGAAGAGGACACGUAUAUAAACAGGAGAAACCAAAUAAAAACUCAGACGAUUGCGUAUAGUGCAGAGAGGUCAAUCAUGGACAUCAUCAGAGGCUUGGGACUUAUUUUAGUACUAACUGUUUCAUACGUAUUGUCUUCUACAACCGAGUCUACAGAAUACUCUUCGUCAACAACGCAGCCGAGUCCUACUGUUCCCCAAAAUUCUUCAGAUGAAAAUGGCACAGAGUUAUCGCAAGAAGGAGUCUAUGUCCGUGUUUUGGGACAGUCUGGGAAAAUUCUCAUGGGGAGGACCAGAAACCCAGCGGAGGAUCCCAACGGCCUGAAAGUGACUUUCGAUGCUAUACAAGAGACAGACAAAAGUGGAAACGCCAUAGGCACAAGUGGGCGUGUCAAACACAGCUUCAACACGUUUGCCAGCCAGAAAUUUACAGUUUCUAACAUCACAGAAGACCAGUACCAGAAUCUGACUGCCAGAAGACUGGACUUCAAUGCUAGCCUAGCGUCAGUGGGGGCCACAUUAACGGUCCAAAUUUACCUGUUUAGUGAGGAGGGAAAUAUCACUCAGGGUGACGAAGUUACUCAAGUAUCAAAAGGGACAUUAAAAUUCAACAUUAUCAUUCAAAAUUGGUCAUUUUGUGGAACUAAUGGAGAGGAAUGCAAAAAGGGACAAACAACUUAUGACGGGGAAUUCAUUGAUUUUACGAUAUCAAUAAAGGGCAAGAAAUCGGCAAGCAAAAAGGAUGGUAGGAAAAAGAGGACGAAUGCCCAGGAAUUCGACUUGGGUGGGGAAGCUUCUGUUGUACUCUCAGGCAAGGCCCGAUACGAUGACAGUUCAAAUUACGAUAAUCUGCCAGAGGGAUUCCCCAAAACUAUAACGAAAGGGUCAAGCCAGUUUUUUGUAUUCCGAUUUAAGAAAUUCAACUCCUCCGUGUUUUACGACCCUCAGUUGAACUUAGAGGGAAAUGAUACAUCGGAGGGAAGCCCGACCGAGACUCCUUCAUCUGAAGGAACUGUGUCUGCUGCCCAGAUAACAACCAAGAUUCUAGGAAGGUCCGGGAAAAUGACGAUUGGGCAGGGCGUCGACCCCAGUAGAGAUGGCAACAGAGUACAGGUGACGUUUGAUGAAGUGAAGGAAAUCAGUAGCACUGGUUCACCCGUCGGAACAAAUGGUGCACAAAAACACAGCUUUAACACCUUUGCAAGCCUUGACUUCACAUUUUCUUCAACGGAAGACGUUACAUAUAUGGGUCUUUCGGCAAAAAGGUUGAACUUCACCGCCAACAUCGUGUCUGUUGGGGCCACGCUUACUGUGCAAGUUUACAUAUUUACAAAGGAUGGGGAAAUCGAUGUAGAUGGAGAAACCACGAAAGUCGCUUCAGGAACAGUGAAAUUCAACAUUAAAAUAGACAACUGGCAAUUCUGUGGAUCUAAUGGGGUCACAUGUAAAGCAGGCAAUAUUAAUGAAGUUGGAAGUGCAAUAGAAUUUACCAUUUCAAUCAAAGGCAAAGGAACGGGACAGAAGAAAAUGGAAAACAAGAGGACGGAUGGCGAAGAAUACGACUUAGGUGGAGGCGCUGCUGUUCUUCUGUCCAGGAAGAUACAAGUUGAUGGUGGAAACUACACAAACAUGGAAGAAGGUUAUCCCAAACUUGAGACGCGCGGCAGUCAACAAAUGUUUGUUUUCCGCUUUCCAAACUUCACGUCAUCAGUUCUGUAUGACCCGCAAAUUGUCCUGUCUGUCAGUGAUACGAGUGGCUCUGGUGACGCCACUUCCUCCAUCUCCCUCUCCCUCUUGUUCACAACUGUAGUGAUCUUAAUAUCAACAUUUUCUACCUGAAUUUAGAUAAAAUAUUUCAAACUUGACAAAUCCAUAGACUCGUUCACUCAUUUCCAUAAAAGAUAGAACAAAGACCAAAGAGAAAUAACAGUUAAGGACUCUUUUCUACUCUUUUUUUCAGUAUCGUAAAUGAGGCCUGCUAUUUCAUUCGCUUCUUUAUUUAGACCAUAUAUGUAAAUAAUACGCAUAACCAUUGUAUUUUUAGCUCACCUGAGCCGAAGGCUCAAGUGAGCUUUUCUGAUCAAAAUUUGUCCGUUGUCUGUCGUCGUCGUCGUCGUCGGCAUUGUCGUUGUAAACUUUUCACAAUUUCAUCUUCUUCUCCAGAACUACUGGGCCAAUUUCAACCAAACUUGGCACAGAGUAUCCUUGGGUGAAGGGGAUUUAAGUUUGUUCAAAUGAAGGGCCACGCCUUCUUCCAAGGGGAGAUAAUCAUGAAUUCAUGAAAAAUUAAUGGCAUCAUUUAAAAAUCUUCUUCUCAAGAACCACUGUGCUUGAAAAUAUGAAACUUAUAUGGAAGCAUCCUCAGGUAGUGUAGAAUCAAGUUUGUUGAAAUCAUGAUCCCCGGGGGUAGGGUGGGACCACAAUGGGCGAUCAAAGUUUUACAUAGGAAUAUAUAGGAAAACUCUUUUAAAAUCUUCUUCUCAAGAACAACAAAGUCAUGAUUGGUCAUAUUUAUAUGGAAGCAUCCUCAGGUAGUGAAGAUUCAAGUUUGUUCAAAUCAUGACCCCAAGGGGUAGGGUGGGGCCACAAUGGAUGAUCAAAGUUUUAAAUAGGAAUAUACAGGGGAAACUCUUUAAAAAUCCUCUUCUCAAGUACAGCAAAGCCAUGAUUGGUUAAAUUUAUUUAGUAGCAUCCUCAGGUAGUGUAGAUUCAAGUUUGUUCCAAUCAUGACCCCCGGGGGUAGGGUGGAGCCACAAUGGGCGAUCCAAGUUUUAAAUAAGAAUACAUAGGGAAAAUCUGUAAAAAUCUUCUUCACAAGAACAACAAAGCCAUGAUUGGUCAUAUUUACAUGGAAGCAUCCUCAAGUAGUGCAGGUUCAAGUUUGUUCACAUCAUGACCCCCGGGGGUAAGGUGGGGGCCACAAUGGGUGAUCAAAGUUUUACAUAAAUACAUUGGAAAAAUUUGUAAAAAGCUUUUUCUCAAGAACAGCAAAGCCAUGAUUGUUUUUUUUUAUGGGUGCAUCCUCAGGUAGUGUAGAUUCAAAUUUGUUUAAAUCAUGACCCUCCAGGGGUAGGGUGGGGCCACUAUGGGCGAUCAAAGUUUUACAUAGGAAUACAUAAGAAAAAGCAAGCCUUUUAAAAUCUUCUUCUGCAAAGCAAUAAUUAGUCAUAUUUAAAUGCAAGCAUCCUCAGGUAAUGUAGAUUCAAAUUUUGUUCAAUCAUGACCCCUAAGGAGAAUAGAGGGGCCAUAACAGGGGAUCAUAGUUAUACAAAGGAAUACAAAUGAUAUAUCAAUAAAAAUUGUCUUCCUAAGACCAUCAUAGCCAUUAUUUGUCAUAUUAAUUCAAAAGCAUCCUUUUGAAGUAUAGAUUCAAGUUCAAAUUAACACCCCCCCCCCCCCCCCCAACCCCCUCGAACCACUUUUAUAUCAAAACUUUUCAAGACUGAACUGAUUUCUGCUUUUUCCUAGCCAGAGUGCUCAGGUGAGCGAUGCCCCUGGGCCUCUUGUUUUUACCACUGUAUCAUUCUUAACUCCUAAGAAGUCUGUGCUCAUUAAGAACUCGAACUACUGAAUGCGAGACUGUGUGAGAGACAGAUGUCAGAAAAUGCAGGCGUCUUUUGGAUAAGACUGAGCAGUGUAUAGCAUAAGAAUCGCGUCUUUCAUCAACAAAGUUGAUUUUUUUUGCCAUUUUUCAAAUCCAAUUGUUAUGUUGAAUUAUGUUGUUACUAUUAAAAAAAAAAUAUAAUA